AUGGUUCUACGCAGCUCUGGUAUCGCGUUAGUUUACAGCGUGGCAGAGUACUGCGCAACCGUAUGGGUGAAAAGUGUCCACUGUACAAAAGUGGAUACUCAACUCAACCAAAAACGAGUGUAUCAACCGUAUUUUAAACUUCGAAAAAAUAAACCAACAUCUUCCCCUAUUCAAAGACAUCAUAGAGCAUUCACCAAAGAUGUUGAAAUCCAGACACCCUAUAUGGGAACCGAUGACCCAGUUGUGCUCGAGUUACGAAAUCUGAAAAGAGCGGUGGAAAGAAUCAGAGAAUUUGAUAAAUCAUGGAAAUUAUUUCAACGAUUUAAAAUAUCUUUUAACUUUUUACGAGAAGAUCCAAGCACAUGGAAAGCCUUGGAUGAGUAUAUACAAGCUAAAGAAAUAUUAUCUGCACUAAAAGUCGUUAACGAUACAGCUGAACGUGGAGUAAAAUUGAUGGAGGAAUAUAAUGAAAAAUUCACUAAAAAUGAAGAUGAAAAACAAUUUAUUUUACAAGUUGUUCGAGAAUAUCGCCAACAAUAUCCAGGGUUUAGCCGUGAGAUUUCAAAGAAAACUUAUGCCUAUUAAUAAUACAUAAUUAAUAUUAUUUUUUAAUAUUUAAUGAAUAAACUUAAAAUUAAA